AUGGCCCCCAAAGCUGAAGGCGGCGGUAAAGCCUUGGUCUCCAAUGAUGCCUUUCUCGCUGCUUGUAUCAAACACGCUAAGGAGAAGGUCACUGUCAACUUCGAGGCUCUUUCCAAGGAAGUGGGAAUGAGUAUUGGUGGUGCCGCGAACAAGUUUCGUUCUAUCAUGAAGCAACUCGGAGAUGAAGGAGCAAGCUGGGCUACUAAGGACACCAACGGUGAUGCUUCCGCUGCAACUACUUCUACCAAGCCUAAAGCGAAAGCCGCCACCACCACCAAGCGUAAAGCUGUUGCGAAGAAAGAUCCAGAAGCAGAGAAGACCAAUGGUAAUGCCCAUGGCGAACAGAACGAACAGUCUGAGGACGAGAACAUCGCGGAGUCCCCGAAGAAGAAGACCAAAGCUUCGACCACCAAGGCUAAGCCUAAGUCCAGUACUACUAUCAAAGCCGAGGGUGUAGAGGAGAACGAGGGCGAUGGCGAUGACUCCGGCGAAGCUGACACCGAGAAACCAGCCACUGUGAAGAAGACUACUGCCAAGGGGAAAGGCGCGAAAGCAAAAGCUGCACCCGACAAUGCUGGGAACGGUUCUAUCUCUCUUGUUCCCAAGGGACGCAAGAAGGCAGCUCCCAAGGCAAAGGAAGAAAUCGUCAAGGUUGAAAAAGAGGAAGAAGAUGUGGAGAUGAAUGAUGCUGCUACUGCUACUGCUGGUAAAGAGGAUUAG